UGCAUUCUUCAUUCUAGUACCUGCUUUUACAGUGGUAGUGGUUCAUGAUGGCGGACACAGGCUCGGUUGAUGUGAUUCUGGAGUUUUUGAGGAGAAAUCGCUUUACAAGAGCUGAGGCAGCUUUGCGCAGUGAGCUCAGUAACCACCCUGAUUUGAAUGGCUUCCUUGAGAGACUUAACUUUGAAGAGAAGGACUCAACUGAGGUGUUGGCAGAGAAAAAUGGGAGCAAACCGGCAAGUGAGAAUCAAGGUUCAAGUUCACAAAAUAGUGGUGAAAUUUCUAAGGAACUCAUUGUGAAAGAAAUUGAGUGUGGGACUGGUAGAAAUGGUUCUGAAAGCAAAUGGAGAAAUGCUGCUUCUAGUGGGGAACAUAAUAAGCUUAAUGAGGCUAUUGGGACUAAUGAAAAGAGCUUCACUUUUUCCAAAGGUUCAGAGGACACUGUGCUGGAUUUGUACUCUUGGAAUAAUUAUAGUUCUAGCAAUGGACCUUCCGAUCCUCACCGAAAAGAUGGUGGCAGUAGUACCAACAACUUCCCGGAGCUUCAGAUUUCUGAACAGUCAAGAUACCCUACAAAUGAAGUUCCUGAUUCUGGUAAAGUCAAUUUGAAACCUCGGGAUUUAGAUUCAGUAGAAGAGAUUCUCUUUCCUGGUGAAAAGAGGACUUCAUGGGUUGAAAGUACUAGUGCCAAUGUAGAAUCCAAGUAUGAAAGUUUUCAUACAAGUGAAUCACAUCAACUUAAGACUGGUGUUACAUACUCUAAAGAAAGCUUUGGGAACAACCCGUGGUCAAGAAAUGAGGAAUCGACAAAUUCAUCUUCAGAUCUGUGGAAAGACUGUUCUGUCAAGACUGUUUUUCCAUUCUCUAAGGGGGAUGUGUCUACCAGUUAUGACAUCAUUGCUGCUUCUGACAAAAAGGAAGGUAAGAAGAAAACAGAUACAGUUGAUGUGCGAGCUGCAAUUAAGCAGCAGGUGGAUGAGGUUGGAAGAGCUUUAUACUAUGGGAAAUCUCAGGGGAAUUCUGAGCAGAAGAAUAUAAGCAGUAUAGGUUUUCCUCUAGCUUCUGAUAAUCCCAGGGAAGAGUUCCCUAGGCUGCCACCGGUUAAACUGAAGUCAGAGGACAAGCCAUUGAAUGUUAAUUGGGAUGAAAAAUUUGACCGCGAUGGACCAGGUGCAAAGCUCAUUAGUGCUGAUAGUACCUUACUUAUAGGGUCAUUUCUGGAUGUUCCUAUUGGACAAGAAAUCAACUCUGCAGGUGGAAAGAGGACUGGAGGAGGCAGUUGGUUGUCUGUAAGCCAGGGGAUUGCGGAGGAUACAUCAGAUUUGGUUUCUGGUUUUGCUACUAUUGGUGAUGGUUUGAGUGAAUCUGUUGACUAUCCACACGAGUAUUGGGACUCAGACGAAUAUGAUGAUGAUGAUGAUGUUGGAUACAUGAGACAACCUAUUGAGGAUGAGGCAUGGUUUCUGGCUCAUGAAAUUGAUUACCCCAGUGACAAUGAAAAGGGAACAGGACAUGGGAGUGUUCCAGAUCCACAAGAUAGAGGUCCGACAAAAGAUGAGGACGAUGAUCAAUCGUUUGCUGAGGAAGAUUCAUACUUUUCUGGUGAACAGUAUUUUCAAUCUAAAAAUGUUGAACCGGUCACGGCUUCAGAUGAUCCGAUUGGGUUGACAGUGACUGAAAUGUAUGAGAGGACUGAUAAUGAUUUAAUAGAUCAAUAUGAUGGACAGUUGAUGGAUGAAGAAGAGUUGAAUUUGAUGCGCUCAGAACCAGUCUGGCAGGGAUUUGUUACUCAGACAAAUGAACUCAUCAUGUUAGGAGAUGGGAAAGUUCUAAAUGAGUGUGUUAGACCGCGGUUAGAUGAUAUAUGCAUGGAUGAUGAUCAGCAUGGUUCUGUUCGGUCAAUUGGUGUGGGAAUCAACAGCGAUGCAGCUGAAAUGGGCAGUGAAGUACGGGAAAGCUUGCUUGGAGGUAGUAGUGAAGGGGAUCUGGAGUAUUUUCGUGAUCGUGAUCGUGAUGUUGGAAUUGGUGGCUCCAGACUGUCUCAUCAUGAAUCUGACAAGAAAUAUAUUGACAGAGCAAGCAGGGAUAAAAAGAAAAUCAGUAAACAGGAUUCCAGUAAAUAUGUGGUUAUGAAUGAUAAAGGAACAUGCGCAAAGGUGAAAAAUCUUACUGAUGUGGGAUUUUCGUUUCCUCCCCCACUAAGAGAUGGGCAGUCGGUGCAGGCCAGCUCUAGUAAAUCAUUAUGGUCAAACAACUGUGAUCCUGUUAUUAGUGAUGAAACUGAUGAACGGUUGAAUGCAUUGAUGGGGCCUGAUGACAUGCUUACAACAUGGAGGCAGAAAAGCAGUGAUUCUUCAACUGUUAAAAGUUCUAGGGAUGAAAAUAAUGCAAGUGCUGUAAGAUCAGAAAAUUCUUCUCCCUCAACUCUUUCAAACUAUGGUUAUAGUGAACGAGAGCAUGUCAAGAGAGAAGAGGAUGAAAAAAUUAGUGCUCUAAGGGAAGAAGAUCCGGGAGUGUCACUUGAAGAUGAAGAGGCAGCUGCUGUCCAAGAGCAAGUGAGGCAAAUAAAGGCUCAGGAGGAGGAAUUUGAGACUUUUAAUCUCAAGAUUGUGCAUAGGAAAAACAGAACUGGCUUUGAGGAGGACAAGAACUUUCAUGUUGUUUUAAAUUCUGUUAUAGCUGGUCGCUAUCACGUUACGGAGUAUCUUGGAUCUGCUGCUUUUAGCAAAGCUAUACAAGCACAUGACCUGCAUACAGGCAUGGAUGUUUGUGUGAAAAUCAUAAAAAACAACAAGGAUUUUUUUGAUCAGAGCCUUGAUGAGAUAAAGCUCCUCAAGUAUGUCAACAAGCAUGAUCCUGCAGACAGAUACCACCUUUUGCGAUUAUACGAUUACUUCUACUAUCGAGAGCAUUUGUUGAUAGUGUGUGAACUUUUGAAGGCAAACUUGUAUGAGUUUCAUAAAUUUAAUAGAGAGUCAGGAGGGGAGGUCUACUUCACAAUGCCGAGGUUGCAGUCGAUUACUAUCCAAUGUUUGGAAGCUCUUCAGUUCUUGCAUGGUCUUGGCCUUAUACAUUGUGAUCUGAAGCCUGAAAAUAUAUUAGUGAAAAGUUAUAGUAGAUGUGAGGUGAAGGUCAUUGAUCUUGGGAGUAGCUGUUUUGAGACAGAUCAUCUAUGCUCCUAUGUUCAAUCAAGAUCCUAUCGUGCUCCAGAGGUUAUCCUGGGGCUUCCAUAUGAUAAAAAGAUAGACAUAUGGUCUCUUGGCUGCAUAUUAGCGGAACUUUGUACUGGAAAUGUCCUUUUCCAAAAUGAUUCCCCUGCAACGUUACUCGCACGGGUGAUUGGAAUCAUCGGCCCCAUUGAACAAAGCAUGCUUGCCAAAGGACGGGAUACAUACAAAUAUUUUAGUAAAAAUCACAUGCUUUAUGAACGGAAUCAGGAAACCAACAGACUUGAAUACCUGAUACCGAAAAAGACAUCCUUACGGCACCGAUUGCCAAUGGGAGAUCAGGGCUUCAUCGACUUUGUAGCUCAUUUGCUUGAAGUAAAUCCUAAGAAGCGCCCUUCUGCAUUGGAGGCUCUGAAGCACCCGUGGCUAUCAUACCCUUAUGAACCCAUAUCAGCUUGAUCCAUCAGAAAACUCUCUUGGUGAAGACAUUUUGCUGCUGCCCUCAAGUGUUUUGGGGUUUUGGGUGUUUGUCUUUUCGAGGGGGAAGGAGCCACAUUUGAUUACUAACUCAAAUCGGUCAUCUAUUUAAAAAGUGAUCUUCAACGGUUUUUUCCGGCCCUUCACACAUGCCAACACAAAGCGGUUGAAAGGUGUGUUUGAAUGUUGGUGAUGUAUGAUUUUCCUUCCCCUUACCAUUAACAAGUUGUAUUUCUUCAAUUUGCCAUUAUCAAGAAUGUAAUUUUGCACGUACCGUGUAAUUUAGGGAUUCCUUCAUCGCGCUUUGUUUGAUGUGGUGGUAGGGGAAUCUUGUUGUACAUGAUGUGUGAUAAUUCUUUUAGGUUAUUUAGUAAUAGCUUGUGAAAUAGCUGCUGCUUAUCCAAUUUUGAUUGGCUUUUGACAAAUUUUUUUACUGCUCUAUAUCAAAAGCUUGGAGCAGCAAGCCCAGUGAGAACCUAUCAUUUGUGUGCCUUCUCUGGUAUUGUUGUAUCACCUGGGCUCUCUUGACAUCCUUUGGCAUAUCAUGCCAUUAUUCCACCUAAAAAUUUAGUUGACAUCGUUGAGCUUUGGGUUAAUUUUUAGUUUAUUACAUAAGAGCAUAACCUAAUAUGACACUAAUGUAAGAU